GCGGUACCAACCAAUACUGGUGAUGUUUUCUCGUUUUGGUUUAAUUUGUAGUUCUAAAGCAAUAUGAACGUUGUAAACUUUCAAAAAUGAUCGAAGUUGAGUGGAGGCAAUCUUGAGAGACAUGACAUGGACGAAAAAUCAAGGAGGAAAUCAAGGAAAAGAAGAACUCGAAGAAAAGCCACGAGGAGUAAAAAUGCGCCAGGGAACAGUACUGGAGGAGACCAAUAUUCUAUCCAUGACAUUUCUUUGAACGAAUUCGCAAAUGCCCCAAAUGAAGGUGAUCUCAAGAAAAUUUCAAAGAAAAUGAUUUCGUCAGCAGGAUCCUUCGCCCUACUUCGUCAUCCAGAAAAAAUUAAAAAAGCGGAGGAAAUGGCCGAGAUGGAUACGGUAUCUGACGAUGAAUCUCCAUGGUAUGAUCGGACAAACAUCGGGGAAACCGACGACGAAGAGAACGAAAGUCAGGAAAGUUGCGAUGAUAUCGAAUAUCUAGAAGCCAAAACUGUUAAAAAUGUUGAAAAUAUUUCGGCAGGACAUGAGAUUCUUGCACAGCCUGGGAGGCAAUACCCGCUGGAUUUAUGGUGUAUUCUUGCAAAUUAUAUCACACCAGAGCAAGUACAAGUUUUUUCUUGCAUAUGCCGUGGAUCUUACUUUGCGCUAAGCUCCUUCAGUUUCUGGUUACGUCUUUACAAGCGAUUUAUCUCAGACAGCGAGUGUUUACCUGCUCGAUUGAAAUCGGACUGGAUUGAAAGCAGAAAUGGCUUUAAAAGCCGAGUUGUACGAGCCUUGUUUAUCGGGUACAAAAGUCUUCAUGAUCGUUUAGGGAAAAAAACACUGGAAACAACACGUGAUACCCAUGCAACGUCACAUCUUAUCGGAUUACGCUGUAGUCAUGUGUGGUACAAGUUGACGACAUCAGCUAAAAACACUGACAUAUUUCUAUUUUAUUUCAAAUUUAAAUGCAAUGAUGUUUACAAAUCAAAAAUCUUAAGCACAGACGACGAAAGAGUUCAAUAUCUGACUGCCAAUAACGAACGUGAUUUUAUAGUCCUUCAAAUAACCGUAUCAAACUUUAUUCUUUUGAAGCCAGUUUUAGGAGAGAACCUGACAGAUAUCUCGGUAAAUUUGAGUCGAAACUUAAGGUUUCAUUGUAUAAAAAUGACAUUUCAUGAUUUCCGGCAUGAUGGCAGGUAUAGAAAAGGUGACGGAAAAGUGAUUGUUCUUGAUCCUGUUUCAGAAUUUCGCUUACUGCGUUGGUGGUAUCCACUGUACCCUCAUUGUGAUGAUUGAAUAAAUAACAUGGCCAUUGUAGGCAUUUCCGGCCGGCAUUUACGUGUAAAUUUUGUCAUAUACCUCUUCCAUAAAAAUGUAGUAGAAC